CCAAAAUUCACUCUUGACAGUCUGAUCACUUUCUGUAAUCCCACGAUCAUUUAACUUUCACGCUCAUUCUCUGCAAGAUUGCCCAAACCCGUUCCCGUAUUCUCAUAGAAUUCUUCGAACCACUAUAUCCAUUCAAUCCUCCAUUCUCUUGACGCAAACCCAGAUCAGUCGCACCUCAGCUCACCUCAUCUCAUCCACCUACACCCAAUACAAAAAUGUCCUUCGAGUCUCCGCUGCCUCCCUACAAUGCCUCCGAUCCUACAGCCACCUUUCUCAAUUCCUCGUGUCUGGACCUCCUCCUUAUCGAACUCGUUCCUCUAGCCUAUCGUACUGUUCACGCACUUGAUGCGCCUGCCUCUUCCUCCUCCUCUUCUCCCAAUCCUUCGCAGCCUCCAAAAAUGGAAGAAGACGAAGAAAGGGAUCGUGUCUUUUUCCGCCUGGAAAGUCUCGGGUAUCGUGUUGGCUUAGGUUUAGUCGAGCGAUUUAGCAAAGAUCGCCCGCGGUUCACGGAUACGUUGGAUGUGAUUAAGUUUUUGUGUAAAGAUUUAUGGAUGUUGGUUUUUAGGAAACAGAUUGAUAAUUUGAAAACGAAUCAUCGGGUACUUAGCUCCUUGCUACUUUCACCAUUUAUGUUAUUUUCGGGAGAUAGUUGAUCCUAACACAUUGUAGGGAGUCUAUGUCCUAACAGACCAUUCAUUCCGUCCCUUUGCGCGCAUGAGUACGGAGCCAGGUGGAAAUGCACUUUUACGGGCACAACCUGUUAGUUCUACGCUAUUCCCGCGUUGCUUUGAAAUGCAUAUAAAUAAUCAACUAACAAUCCGAAAUACAGUUCUUAUACUUCCCCUGCGGCAUAAUUCGUGGAGCCCUCGCUUCAAUGGGUAUAAAUGCCACCGUUCAAGCGGAAACAACCGAGUUGCCGGGUGCUACAUUUCAGAUUAAGAGUAUUGUUAAUACUACCACUGGGAAAUGAUGAUUACGUUGGAUCUCCGGAAAAAGAUAGAAUACAUCUGCCGGAGCCAUCAGAAACAGCAUGAGGUCAAGCCGCUUCAAUGGAAGCAGGGGACGGGCUCAACGAGUCCUAGUGUGCAGAAAUGGCCAAGUCACGAACGCCAAGACAACGAGGAAAAGAAAGAUGUCCAAUACCAUAAUGCACAUCACAGUACGGUAAUUUUGGCAACUUGGCGAAAUGUCCUGGCAUGGAAUGAGGGGUUCAUAGCAAGGAGUCAUAGGACAGAGCAGGACAAAUCAGAAAAUGAAGGUCACUGAGGAUAGAAAGACAUGUCACCGCUGUACUACGGCUUUGUUUUGGGGGUGGAACAGCGAUAGAGAUGACUCCUGAAAUGCAGACUUGAUAUUCAUAUACGAUAUGAGAAUCUAAACGCGCUUAAUAGAUGAGAAUACCAGGACAUUUUGAU